AUGGCCAGCAUGCAGAUCGUAUCAGAUCUCCACCUGGAGAAACCUGCUGCCUAUGAUAUCUUCCAGAUUCCACCCCAGGCUCCCUUCUUGGCACUUCUUGGUGACAUAGGUGCCGUGACCGACGAGGGCUUCUUCCUUUUUGUUGAACAACAGCUUCGGAAUUUCAAAAUUGUGUUUCUACUGUUGGGAAAUCAUGAACCAUAUCAUUCAACUUGGAAGCAAACAAAAGCAAAGAUUUGGGAAUUCUCGGCCUCUCUGAACCAGCGCCAUUCCCAAGAUAAUUCAUCCGGCACCUUUGUCUUUUUAGACCAAACUCGAUAUGACCUUGCAGCUAACGUGACGAUACUGGGAUGCACGCUCUUCUCAAAAGUCUCUGAACAACACCGCGACGGUGUGAGCAUGGGCCUGAACGACUUUUACUAUAUCAAUGACUGGACUGUCGAGGAUCACACCGCUGCUCAUGAGGCCGACCUCAAGUGGCUGAAUGACCAGGUUGCACUGAUCGCAGACCGAGAACCCCAUCGAAAGAUCAUUAUUUUCACCCACCAUAGUCCUCUGGGUGGUGAUUUACGCGCUGCUGACCCACGACAUAUCCACAGUCCACUGUCGUCGGGAUUUGCCACGGAUUUGUCCUUGGAGGAGUGCUGGAAGAAUGCUCGAGUGUCCUUGUGGGCAUACGGUCAUACACAUUACAAUAUUGAUUUUACCGACAAGGCGACUCAAAAAUUGGUCUUGAGUAAUCAGCGUGGGUACUAUUUUUCUCAAUCACAGAGAUUCGACGUGGAGAAAGUCGUUCAUAUAGACAAUAUAUAA